UUCCAGGAGGCAGGGUGAGACAUCAUGGCAUCUGCAGCGCAUGUUUCCUUCUCUGCACAUUGUUCCUUAUUGUAAUGCUGUCAGAACAAUAAAGUCACAGUUUCAACAGACCUCUCAGGAUCUCUAGCACAGGGGCAUUUCCUUCUCUUUGAUCUGCUGUUAGAAAUUGAAGCAGCUGGAUUGUUGAAGACUGCUGACAGAAAUGCUCCCAUUUCAUUUAUAGCUAUGGAUACAGGUUUUAACGAUUACAUCCUUCCCACAAGCAACAUAGUGGUGUUCAGGUUCUAGGCUGCAUUGUAUAACAAGCUAAUAAAGUCACACAACAUAUCAAAGAAAAAAAAAAAAAAAAAAAACAGAAAAUGAGGGACCGUCUGCUGGAAUUACAACAACGUGCAAAGGAAGCUGAAAUCUCCAAAGAGGAGAAUAGCCAUGUUGAGCCUUCAAGUCAGGGGGAAGAGGUGGUCAUCAAGCAACAAGCCGUGAUUUUUGAAAAGGAGCCCAUUGUGGAGUCCAUCUUGAAUGAUGUGCAGCAGAUCCAAGAUGAAAUCAACGAACUGGAAGAAGACAUCACAAAGUUUAGCCAGCAGCAGAAGACCCUGGUGUCCACCAUGCGUCGCUUUAGCAUUAUCAAAAAGGAGAACAACAUUACCAGGGACAUCAAGAUCCGAGCUGAGCACAUUCACAAGAGACUGGAGGCCAUGUCUAAAGAGGUCAAGCAGACCGGGGCGGACAACAGGCUGACCUCUACAGUCAGUAGGAUCCAGCGCACCCAGCAUGCCAUGCUCUUCAAGCAGUUCCAGAAGGUCAUGUCCCAGUACAACGGUACUCUGGUGGGCAAGCAGGAGAAGUGUAAGCAGUUCAUCAUCCGGCAGUUGGAGGUGGCAGGGAAGGAGGUGGGGGAAGAGGAGGUGGAUGAGAUGAUGGUGCAAGGCAAGUGGGAAGUGUUCAAUGAGAACAUCAUUAACGAAGUGAAGAUCACCAAGUCACAGCUCUCCGAGAUCGAGCAGCGCCACAAGGAGCUGAUGAACCUGGAGAGCCAGAUGAGGGACUUGCGGGAGCUGUUUCUUGAGAUCUACAUGCAGGUUGAGUUGCACGGAGAACAGGUGAACAACAUCGAAGCCAACGUGAGCCACACUCAGGACUACAUUCAGCACUCGAAUGAGAAAUUCAAGCUGGCAGUGAGGUACAAGAAGAAGCACCCUUGUAAGGUGAUGUGCUGCUGUUGUUUUCCUUGCUGUAAAUGACAACACCUCAAUACAGCUGCAUUUACAGUACUGUACAAAACAGAGAUGAGGUGGUCUAUGGUUACAAGGCUUAGCCUACUAUUCAUCAAGAUGGAAUCUCUUAAGAAGCAGUUGACAGUUCCAUACAUAUUAUUACAUCCUAUAUUUGUAGGGUAAGGGUGACAACUUGCGUUUUUCAGGGACAUGUGGACAGGCAUUACUUGAAAAUAGGAGAACAAACUACCACAAACUUUAGUAAUUCUACAUGUAACAGAAUUGAACAAAAGCACUACAGUAUAAGCAAGUUUUGAGAUAUUUGAGGGACCUUUUUUCUGUCUGCUAUGUGUUUGCCCGAUUAUCAGCAUAUACAGUAUUAUGCAAAAGUUUUAGGCAGGUGUGAAAAAAUGCUGUAACGAAUGCUUUCAA